AAGGAAGAAACCGACUUUGCAAUCUGUGGAAAAUAUCGAAUAUUUUCGUGUGAAAAACUCCCGAAACACGGAACACGCUACCAGGCAACGCAAAAAGAGAGCUCGCAAGUGCCCUAGGUUGUGGUGUGGUAAAAGCGAACGAUCCCCUUUUUUGCACGAGUUAGCAGCAAAUGUGAACAGGGCGGAGAACCAUGAAGACUACGAGUACGGUGAAGAUUGAGAAUCUGGUGAACAGCGGGCGGUCCCUAACCUGGAUCGAGCCACCCGUCUGCCGCUCCUGUUCGCUUCCGUUCUCGAGUAACGCUUCGGAUGUGCUGGAGAAACGGUUGCCGUUCCUGCUGAAUUGCCAGCACGUUCUGUGCGAGUCGUGUGUGCUCGAGUCUCGCACCCGCAAUGGUGUCGUGUGCCAGGAAUGCCGUACCCAAACGCCGCUGCUGGGCGAUGAAAGUGCAGCGUUGUCGCUGCAGCCCAGCCUGUACCUGCUCGGCGCCAUCCAGCAGGGCCAGUACGAGCUGCUCAAUCUCGACCAGGACAGUGUGCCGGUCAAGCCGGACCGGAAACGGACGGACUCUUUGGGACCGGCGAUCCGGAAGCUUGCACCAUCCGACCUGGAUACGGUGGAACAAGUCCGGAAGCUGCUAUUAUCGGCCUACCAUUCGUACGAGCGCAACAAGAAAAAGCUGGAAACAUGUGGCCGCCAGCAGGAGGAGAACGUGAGCAAGGUAAUCGAACAGGUGAACGGCUGCUUCCUGAAGCGACAUCACUUGCUGCAGCUGGCGGAGCAACAGGUUAUGAGCAAGAUUCGAGGUCGGUAUGUCGAACUGCGGCAUCAGCGCGAUGAAGCGCAAACUCAGUUGCAGCAGGCGCACGAUCGACUGAAACGCUAUCUGAAGCAGGUUAAAAAGAUCGAAAACAAUCAAGCUACCGACAGUCGAUCGAAGGAAGCGUGGCUAGCGUUCAGUGCGGAUGUAAAAGAGUUCCUUGAAACAGUGCCACUGAAGCUGCUCGAUGACGCCAAGCAACAUGGCACGCCCUUCGUCUACCAUCCAAUGGAAGAAUCUUUGUUCCUUCGAUCUAUGCCGACCUACGGCACCAUAGUUACCGAAAACAAGAAAUAUGUGGAAGUUAAAUUGCUACCCCAUACCGCACAGGCAAAGGAGAAGGAGAAGGAGAAGCCAAAGGAAAAGGGCCGCACGCGAUCGCCAGACUGUACAUCGUCCCAGCGCGAGAAGGAAAAGACGCCACCAUUGAAGCAGCAACUCGAGCGGCACAGUAGUGGCAGCUCCUCAAAGCACAAACAGAAACGAAAGGACAAGAGCCCUGUGAAGGAUAAGCCGGAAACCGCAUCGGUCGCAGCUAGUGCUUCGUCGUCAUCGAAGUCACCCGUCACCAGCCAGCCGAUUCAACUGAGAGGAGACUGCAUUCCACACGAUACGGUCGUAGUGACCAACGUGAACUCACCGCACGAGAUAUUUGUUCAGCGCGAGCUUUUUGCGCAGCACUCACAGAUGAUGGCGGAGAUGUGUAGUUUGGAUGCUGAACAGUACGUCUCGGAGUGUCCUGAGAAACCGCUCGAGAUCGUUGAAGGGGCCAUGUAUCUGGUGCAGCCUGUCGUACCGUCAUCAUUCAGCUGGCCGUCAAAGUGGUACAGGGCGCGCGUGCUUAAGGCUUACCCUUCCCAACAGUAUCUCGUGCUGUACGUCGACUUCGGGCAUCAGGAGCAAGUGCCGGCGAGCAAAAUAUGUCCGAUUUCAAAGGAUCUGCGCGUUUUCGAUUUCUGUGUGCAGAAGGUGCAACUGUACGGGCUCGCGAUGGUCCCACCGGAACGGGCAGGUGGACAGGAUGCGAAACUUGCGGAAUGUUGUCAGGUGUUGAUCGAUUUGAUAGCGCACCGGACACUGAUGAUGGCUACGCUGAGCGCAAACUCGAAAAGCACCGCCUGCGUUGAUCUGCUGGUACCGGAAGGAUGCUCAACCAGGCAACCACCACAAUCCCUCCGAGAGGCUCUGCUCUACCUUGGUUUUUGCAGGGUCUCCUCUACCUUGGUUACUUCCGGCCCCCCUGCUUCGGUAAUCAAGAGGCAUGAAAAAUGGAUGCAAGCCCGGUUCAAGCCCUACGGGAAAAUGCUGCCAUCACCACAAAUUGCUGAGGUAGAUACCUUCCCGUGUACCAUUCUGCACAGCACUUCGCCAAACAGUUUUCAUCUCAUGCCAAGAUUGUGGCUUAAGACGAAACUCGAACCUCUGCAGCAACUGUUGGAUGUUUACGGGCCAAAUGCACCGAAAGUGUAUCACCCUUUCGUUGGGCUGAUUUGUGUUUUCGGGUACGACGGAGACGAUGGUACGGUACGCUGGAUGCGUUGCAGAAUCGAGAAGGUCGGUUUGGCCGAGUGUGAUCUCAAGGCGAUCGAUACUGGUCGUCAGUACGCGUGUGUACCGUGGUACAACAUACGACUGCUCGAUCCAGCCGCUGACUGUUACUGGAUGCAUCCACUUGCCCUCGAGUGCCGGUUGGCGCACAUCACUCCCAAGGUAACUGCGAUCGCCGAUGUUUGCGACGAGCCCGACUGGUCUAAGGAGGCGAUAGCAGAGUUCAACACGGUCGUCGGUAGUCAAACGAGCGAUUUUGAGGUAACGAUCGAACGUUGCGAAUCUGACCAGUCCUUCAGCGUGCUACUGUAUCUGUUGAAUCGAUCAACGAAAGAUACAUGCAUCAAUGGAAAGCUCGUUCGAAAUGGUCACGCCAUCUCCUUUGGUCAUGAGAAAGCACUGGCAGAUCGUACCAAAAAGGUGAUCGAAGUCGUUGAACCGGUCCCCGGGCCCGUGCUCAACGUGCCGCCAUCAUCGAAGCAAGGAAAAGAGCGCUUGAAGGAUCCACGUAUCCGUGUCGAGGUGUUGUCACCGGUCAGCUCGCCCUCCGAAUUCUACAUCCGGCUGCAAUCGUGCGUGGCAGGGCUGGAGGAGCUGCACAAUACGAUCCAACAGUACAUGGAGCAAAUGCUGGAGGAGGAGUCCGAGCAGCCGGAGGUAGAACGUACCAUCGGAGAAAUGUGUGUUGCGUUCACACCGACCAGCCCGGGAAGUGAUAGCGAAUGGUAUCGUGCAUGCGUAACCGAGGUAGCGGAACCGUUCUACCAGAUGCUGCUGAUCGAUACGGCACAAAGCGUGAAGGUACAUCGAACGAACGUCGCCCGGCUACCCUUACGUUUCCAGCAAAUUCAACCCGGUGCCGUGCGCUGCCGGUUGGGGAAUGUGGUGCCAAUAGGAGGCCAACAGCAGUGGCAUAAAACGUCGCUCGAUGGUUUCAAGAAAGCGAUCGCUACCUCAUCCCUGCACGCCAUCUCCCUAGAUGCUGCCAACAUGAAGCAGGCAGAAGCGAGCGCGCCGCUACCGGUGGUACUGUGGGCGCUGAUGGAAGAAGAAGUAGCCCCGCUAGCACCACGACGCGAUCGCUACAUCAACAUCAACCAAUCGCUCAUUAACUACGGUCUGGCGCAUUGCAUUACCCGCCCUGGGAGCGCGGCAGCUACCGCAGCGUCCCCGGGCAAGGACGAUCCGGUGGCGCUACUCGAGGAAGCGAUCAGUGCCCAGUUUCGGGCGAGGUUCGAACGAUUGCAGCAGUUUUUUCGAACCGUCGACGAUGUCACCGGCAACCAAGCGGCGUCGGCUCCAGUGAGGAUGCGUGACAUCGUCGCAUCAGCCCCGGACAGUGAGUGCGGCGAGUUGCUGUCACUGAUCGAUCAGCAGCCGAUGCCGAUUAGCGACUGGUUACCACCGACUGCACCCAUCGAGAAGACCGUUUUCGUCGGCCGGCCCACGUUUGUCGCGGACGAUGGUGCACUGUAUCUGCACGACGAGUGUCAGGAACCGCUGCUGACACGUAUGGCCGAAUCAAUUCGACUGCACGUCGAGAACGCACAGCAGCUGCGGCAGCAGCAACAGCACCAGGGGAAAAGAAAGAUGCGCCUUUUAAAAGGAGAUCCGUGCCUUGCCCGCUUUCAUCUCGAUGGUAAUUGGUACCGGGGUAAGGUGCUGGAGGUGAAGAAGGAUCACUAUAGCGUACAGUUCGUCGAUUACGGUAACGUGGAACAGUGCAAUGGGACGGAUCUUUGGGAUGAAACCAUCUGCACACGUAUACCGGUACAAACGUACCGACUGCGCUUAGCCAAUAUCGCACCAGCGGACACUCGUGGAUGGACAAGACCAGCGGUGGAAACGUUCCAUUCCCUCAUCGUCGGUAAACGCUGUACGGUUCGUAUCGUGGAUCAAUUCGGUACGCCACAGGAUCCAGCAGCACCCCUAUGCACGCUGCAGACGAUCGGAGAUGAAAGUUGCAGCGGUGUGAAGGUUGAUGAAGCCCUACUCGGACUGAAUGAGCUGUUUGUUCGUCGAAACAAUCCCAAACCGAAUCUGAUAGAACGAUCUUAUCAGCAGCUGAUGGUACCGGAAACCAUCAGUCCGCAUUAUAGCAGCCGUGCUGCCCAAGAUAUCAUUGCGUUGAUGAAUGAAGUGCAGGAACAGUUUGGGCGCUCGCCUGGUGUCGCUUCGGAUGAACACGCGGACGAUCCGUAUGCCUGGAACGACGGUGCGGCGGAUGAUACUAGCGGUGAGGUGGCGAACCGAGCGCAGAUUUUCAACCUCUGCUCACCCCCACCCGAUCGCCAUUCUUCCGCUCCCUCUACCGAUGAGGAGGGCUGUGUGGCUGUAGAGGACACGUUGUUUAGCACGCCGCUCCCUUCUCCGGCCACAUUUGAUUCGAACGAACUGGAGACAUCAUCGCGGCUGUGCUCGGUGGAACGGGCACAAGGACCUGAGGAUGAUAACGAUGAUGACGUACGUGAUGCCGAUGUCGAGUACACACGAGGAGGAGCGGUACCAUUCCGUGGGUUCCGGAUGCUGGAGCUUACCCCGAGCCAGACGAGCUUCUACGCUAGCUGCACCAAUUACAAUGAUCCCCUCACGCUGCACAUUUAUCCCCACCUCGAAGGGCAUCGGAAGCGGUGCGAUCAGAUGGCUAAAUCCAUCCAAGAGUACGCUAAAUCGACCAACAAGAUGCGCCUAUGGCAGGCAAGGAUGCUCGAACCGGGGUCACCCUGUUUGGCGCUGUACGCGGAAGAUGGCCUGUACUAUCGGGCCAUCAUCGAGGGAUGGGAUGAAGAGGAACGUACCGCCCGGGUACUGUAUGUCGAUUAUCUGAACCGGGCCGCCGUAUCGAUCGAUCGCGAUUUGCGCAGGUGCCCCAUCGCGUUGCGCAACGUGCCGGUACACAAUCUGAUGGUCCGGUUGGCCGGAGUGCAGCCUAACCCGAGACAACGACCGGACGAUGUGUCCCGGCAGCUUGUAACCCAUCUACAGCGUACCUUCUUCGUUCGGGUGGUCGGUAAGGUGAAUAAACGGCGGAUGAAUGACGAUGACGAGCCGGAAGAAAGUUUCGAAGAACUAAACGAGCCCGCCAACGAGAUACCGCUGGUGGAACUGUAUACCGAAGCUGACUGCCGUACCCUCAUCUAUCAGAAGCUGAUCGACGAGAAGGUUUUCAUUAAGCCAUCGUUCAGUCUAUCGCGGAAACGUUAAACGUGAUGAAUUGUUUCGUUAAACAUUAGUUAAGCAUGUACACUUUGUUCCAAUUCCACGUUCCAGUGGAGAAUCUAGUGUGCCAUUUCAUCCAUUUCUCUUCCUUCGUUUUGCUGUUAUUAUUCUGGCAACAUGUGCUUACGCUUAAUAUGAACUAUAAUAAACUCGUAAAUU